AUGGCUCAGAAUGGGAAUGUGAAAAUUGUCUUCGGGGCAAUGAGCCUUGGAAAACCUGACACCAUGGGUCCUCGUGUACAUGACAUCGCCACGGCUACUCAGCUAUUUGAUGUUUUCCAGGGACACGGUCAUCAUGAAAUUGAUACAGCGCGAAUCUACGGAGGUGGAUCAUCAGAAGAAAUGAUCGGUGAUCUUUUCUGGAAAGAUCGUGGUCUAGUAGUCGACACCAAACUUUAUCCUAAUGCUGGAGGGCCUGCUGCCUUCGCAGACGCCUACACUCAUCGACCAGAAGAUAUCCGCCGUGGCCUGAUGAACAGUUUGAACGCUCUAAAAACCGAAAAAGUCAAUAUUUUCUACCUACAUGCUCCGGAUCGCAAUACCCCGUUUGAAGACACUCUCCGAGAGGUCAACAAGCUACACCAGGAAGACCGCUUUACUUUCCUUGGUCUCAGCAACUACAUGGCAUGGGAGGUUUCACAAAUUUGCGAAAUCUGCAAAAGAAAUGAAUGGAUUGUGCCGACAGUCUACCAGGGAGUUUAUCACGCCCUACAACGUAGCAUUGAGGGCGAGCUGAUUCCGUGUUUGCGAAAAUAUGGUAUCUCUUUGUACGCUUUCCAGCCGCUAGCAGGGGGACUUCUAACAGGCCGAUAUACUCGAGAUCAAACGGAGUUUGAAGAAGGAUCUCGUUUUGAUCCAAAAAUCAUUCAAGGGGCUGUGCAUCGCAAUCGAUAUUGGAACGAUGCUUAUUUCAACGCUUUGGAAAAGAUUCACACUGCGGCAACAAAAUACAAGCUGACCGAUGCUGAGAUUGCUUUGAGAUGGUUAAAUCAUCAUUCGGAGCUUAGAAAAACUCGCGGUGAUGCAAUAAUUGUUGGUGCAAGUCGUGUUAGUCACUUGGAGACUAAUUUGUUGGAUAUGGAGCAAGGACCCCUACCAGAUGAAGUUGUUCAGGCUGUAGAGGAUUCCUGGUCCCUGGUUCGAGGCGUUGCUCCAAAGUAUUGGCAUUAG